AUGCUGUGCAAGGAAACCGCAGCGGCUGCCGGGAACAAAGGACGCUACUAUAAAGGCUUGAACAUAUACUUGCGAUUGCCAUUCUCCAUCAUGCUGGGACUGAGAAGCUGGGAAGAACUGCGGCACAUAUUCCGGCUUAGAUAUCCUUCUGAGGCUACAGGCUCUUCCGAACCUAUCACUAAGGACGCCAUGUUACUUCGUGGAAGUCGCCUUCGGAAUACCACCUUUAUCGAAGGAAUAGUGCUGUACGCAGAACACCUUCCUUUCAUUUGCCAGACACCUUCACAAUACCUCGUUACGUGUGAACUGUGCGGGGAGGACUGUGUGGGGAAAGGCUGGUGGACCACUAUGCCUAGAAUUAAGGAAUACUUUGGUGGUCUGGAAAAGUCAAAACUCUUGGUGAACGAGAGGCUCUAUCAUGGGGAUGUGGAUAUGGAAGUGGAGAUACGGUAUUGGCACGUGAACAAGAAAUCUCAGCGCGUAGAACGCUCAAAGCAUUGUCACGACACGAAGGUCAUGAUGAAUAAUGGACGAGCUCCACACAAGGUCUCCGGUAUCGAACUACUGACGAAUCGAUUCAUUUUACUAUGCAUGGCUAUCCUUACCUCUAUGGUUAUUGGUAGUGCUCUGAUGUCUGGAAUUUGGUUAGGCGACCAUCCCCCACUAAGUAAUGGCAGCAGAGUCGCGCCGGUUAUUGUGCCUAUUUCUUUGUACAUUACCGUCGAAAUAAUCAAGCUCGCCCAGAUUUUCUUCCUAAGCCAGGAUAUUGAGCUGUACGCCGCAGAAUCGGUCAUCCCAUCUACUGCUUGGUGCUGGUACACAACACAGAAUGCUCGCCGUGGAUUCAACGCAAUCAAGCGCAAAGGGAUACCUUUGGAUCCAUAG